AUGCACAAGACGGACGAUUCACGCCCUGUCCUCAUCAUCGGUGCGGGUCUGUCGGGCCUUGCCCUUGGGCGACUAUUGACAAAUAAUGAUAUUGCAAACAUCGUCUUCGAGGCCUCUCCGCCGGAACGCAGCCAGGGUUUUGCCAUUUCCAUGCAUGAGCGAAUCGCAAUGCAUUGCGGGCCUGGAUUGCCGACUGCGGGGACGACCAGCUGGAUGUGCGUUAUGGACAUCGACUCAAGAGCAUCUCGGGUGCGUUCGCAAGUUCUGCCACAUAUCGUCCCGGAAGUGGUGCCCGUGGUGGUCUACCAUGGCGAGUUCGAGGUGUCGCGCGACGAGUACGACCGGUACAUGCGUCCUGUCAUCGGCAAUGCUAAUAUUCUUGCCGGCGUGGGCGACGGGUUCAAUACGCUGAUUACGGUCUGCAAUAUCACGAAGACGCGGGUGCACCUCGACUGGUCGUAUUCCCGACCAGCGUGCGGCGAAAAUGACCGAUUGUUCAAUGAUAAAAAGCUGGAAGACCAGACGCGAGAGCCACCCCAGGCGCUCCUGGACGAAUUGUCGUCGCGGCAGCUCGCGGAGCCAUGGGCACGGUACAUCAACCCGGAGACCAUCCGACAGCACUCAGUGUUCCACUGGAUCAGUCGAUGCGUGUUCAUGCCGACGGCGGAUGCAUUGCAAGCUGCGCAGGCAGGCGUGGUGUUCAUCGGGGACUCGUGGCAUGCGAUGCCGAUCUUCGGUGGCGAGGGCAGCAACCAUACACUGGUGGAUAGCACCGAGCUGGCGGCAGCGAUGGUCAAAGAGGCUGCCGUGGAUCGCGCAGUUGCUGUGUACUACCAAGGGGCUGCGCGACGGUGUCCGGAAGCCGUACGCCGGUCGCGAUCACGAUUUUACGUGCUGCACCGACCCAUGGCAGAGUGGCGGGAGAUUGCAGAGAAGCGGCGGGUCAAGGCGGCGCUCAAGCAGCAGAUGGAAUGA